AUGGAUUGUUCACCAGAAAGGCUCAAGAACCUUGUUCAAAAUGAAGAGGUCGAAUUUGAUACUGAUAUUUGUGGGCCAGGAGUACUAGCUGCUUUCAUUAUCACGUCGUUGAUAGCAUUAGCUACUUUGAUUUUAGCCCUUCUUACAAUCUCAGUACCUGCAAGUCUUCAAAACACCGGAGACACCAUGAUCGCUACUGGGGCGCGUCGGACUUACCACCGAUUGAGGGCCAAGUUCACCAACACUCGACGCACCAGCAUUGUCCAAAGCAGAGAGGAGCGUACAAAUGCCUUCACGGGCUUCAUGAUUGCUAUAAGUGAUCAGAUACUUAUCUCUCAAGCGUCCAUCCUAAUCGCAGCUCUCAUUAUUCGCAACGAAAUUACCAUCUAUUCCAGCAAUAUUGUAAUCGCCCUAGGAUGUCUCGCAUCAACAGUUCACUUGGGCAGUUUCCCAUUCUAUAUGGACCGCAUGAAGGACCAUAGCUCUGCCAAGCUUAUUCGUGUACUUGCUAUGGCUGCCGGCUCGGGAAUACUUGUCUUCCUGCUCGUUAUUCAACUAUCAUACACCUGGGAUAUGGAGAGCCACGUUUACUUUACUUGCACUCUUCAAGACUACCGAGUGAGGACUGGAGCAGGGGCAGAUAAAAUCAGUAUAACGCAGGUAUUUGUUCCAUUAACAGUGCUUUAUGGUACGUAUGAGACUGUUCGGUUUCUCUACCGCCAUCAGCCAGUAGAUGAGAAACCCAAUGAACCUGGUGCCCGCAGUAAGUCAAUUGUUUCUCGACAGAAUUUAUCAGGGCUCGAUGACCAACAGCCCCCAGACAAUGGAGUUAUCGAACUCCAAAGGCUUGGAACCCUGGAACACCAAGCUAGGACACAGAGCAAUGUGGAUUUUAGCAAUAUAGAAGUCGAAAGGCAGGCGAUCGUUUCACUUUUGCAGCUAAUCUCAGGUAGCAACAUAGAGAUGACGACAGACAACGAGACGGACUAUCGACGCCAAAGAUUCAGGCUGUUGAAGUCAGGGGUCAUAAAGAUUGAAUUCAAAGAGCAACUGAGUAAAAUUAAAGAGUCCAAACGAGAGCAACUCUUGAACGAAUGGCUGAAGCUCAAAGCUCUUACUAUCUUAACCUCAAAGAUAGUGUCAACAGGAAAGCUUAGACUCCUUGCGAGAUUGACGGCUGAAACGUGGGCGUUCCACCAAUGUCGCGGGUCGUUCGCCUGGAGAUUAUUCUGGCUCUGGUCAGGUAAUGUCUACGGGAUUGUAACUAUUUUAACUUCGCGAGCUGUCACAACGGGCAUGUCAGGCAAUCCCAACAAGAUGGGAUUCGGCCAAAUUGUGCCGCUAACUCUGCUCGCACUCCCAAUAUUUGCGGCUAUGGAGGGCCGCGCCGGCUAUAAGCAGAAACUCAAGUCAAUUGAGAAAGCUCGUGUUGAUCAAGCGACUUUCGAAACACCGGUUACUGGGAACCUGCGGUCUCAAUCGAGGGGUCAAUCCCAUGCGCAGAGACAAAAUACGCUUGCGGAGAUAGACAUCGCAAAUAUUAAGACCGUGCAAGAUGCACUCAAAAAGCGUUCCAAGGAUAUUGGAUACCCGGAGCUUUACAAUUGGGUGACAGGAGACGAUUUGACCAGCGCACCGACUCUCCAAAUGGCAGUUGCGAUUCAUGCAGCACUUAUGUUUACCAUCGCAACUUCACUCGGCUUUUCGAUGGCUUAUGACAUAGCCAACUUCAAUAUUACAUUGCUCACAUUUCUGAUUAUUCUUGUCGCUCGUAGGCUCAUAGGCCUCAACUUGGUUGAAUCGGACAUGAGCUCAUACCCCAUGAUCCUCGACCAUCUCGGUUGCACUGGUCAUUUACCCAACCCAUUAUCUGGAAGCCAGGAUAAAAGGAUGGCAGUAGCGCAGGCGGCUGGAGACGCUGGAGAGGAUUUGGGGGACCGGGUAGGAGAAGAAGAAUCGUGA